UCACAGCACAGACCGGAGUGCAAGGCAAAUUGGGAACGCUGCCAACGUUGAAGCCCCGCGAUAGUUUAGUUCGCGCAGUAGCCUAAAUCUCGUGGCUCUUUGGGGUCCAAGAAAUACGUGUAAGUCACUACAUUUAAAUUACUAUAUAUCGUCACACUGUUGUGUGAGUGAAGUCAAAAAUUGGAUUAUUGUAACAGAACAUAAGGCUCUAUCUGAGACUGUCAAGAAUGUCUGACAGUGAGGAUAGCGACUUCUCUGACGCCCAGAGUGACCGAAGCAGCGAAGCCGAAGAGGCUGAGAAUGAGGAGGAACAGGCCAGUCCGACUGGUAGUGACAAGGUAGCAGAGGAGGAAGGCGAGGAUCUGGAGGAUGAAGAGGAGUAUGAUGAGGAAGAGGAGGAGGAUGAUGACGAUCGCCCCAGAAAGAAGCCCCGCCAUGGGGGGUUCAUCCUGGACGAAGCUGAUGUGGACGAUGAGUACGAGGACGAGGAUCCGUGGGAGGAAGGAGCGGAGGACAUCUUGGAGAAAGAAGAAGCAGAGGUGUCCAACAUCGAUCACGUUGUUCUGGAUGAGGACAACUCAGGGUCCCGCCGGCUGCAGAACCUCUGGAAGGAUUCCAGAGAAGAAGCGUUGGGGGAGUACUACAUGAGGAAGUAUGCCAAGUCUUCUGGAGGAGAACAUUUCUCAGGUGGAUCCGAGGAGCUCUCCGAUGACAUCACCCAACAGCAGUUACUUCCUGGGGUCAAGGACCCUAAUCUUUGGACAGUCAAGUGUAAGAUAGGGGAGGAGAGGGCAACAGCCAUUGCACUGAUGAGGAAAUUCAUCGCCUACCAGUUUACAGACACGCCCCUGCAGAUCAAGUCGGUGGUAGCUCCCGAGCAUGUGAAAGGCUACAUCUACGUGGAGUCCUACAAGCAGACCCACGUGAAGGCGGCCAUCGAGGGCGUGGGCAACCUGAGGAUGGGCUUCUGGAACCAGCAGAUGGUGCCCAUCAAGGAGAUGACGGACGUCCUGAAGGUGGUCAAGGAGGUCACCAACCUCAAGCCCAAGUCCUGGGUCCGCCUCAAGAGAGGCCUCUACAAAGACGACAUAGCCCAGGUGGACUACGUAGAACCAAGCCAGAACACCAUAUCUCUAAAGAUGAUCCCAAGGAUAGACCUGGACAGGAUCAAAGCCCGGAUGAGCAUGAAAGACUGGUUUGCCAAGAGGAAGAAGUUCAAAAGACCGGCUCAGAGACUGUUUGAUGCUGAGAAGAUCAGGUCACUGGGGGGUGAGGUCAGCCAUGAUGGAGACUUCAUGAUCUUUGAGGCCAACCGCUACAGCCGCAAAGGCUUUCUCUUCAAGAGCUUCGCCAUGUCAGCUGUGAUCACAGAGGGGGUGAAGCCCACCCUGUCUGAGCUGGAGAAGUUUGAGGACCAGCCUGAAGGCAUCGACCUGGAGGUGGUGACUGAGGCUUCAGGUAAGGAGCGUGAACACAACCUCCAGGCAGGUGACAAUGUGGAGGUGUGUGAGGGAGAGCUCAUCAACCUGCAGGGCAAGAUCCUGAGUGUGGACGGGAACAAGAUCACCAUCAUGCCCAAACACGAGGACCUCAAGGACCCCCUGGAGUUCCCGGCUCAUGAGUUGAGGAAGUACUUCCGUAUGGGUGAUCACGUGAAGGUGAUCGCCGGCCGCUACGAGGGAGACACCGGCCUCAUCGUCCGUGUGGAGGAGAACUUCGUCAUCCUGUUCUCUGACCUCACCAUGCACGAGCUGAAAGUACUGCCGCGGGACCUGCAGCUGUGCUCUGAGACGGCAUCGGGCGUGGACGCGGGCGGGCAGCACGAGUGGGGAGAGCUGAUCCAGCUGGACCCUCAGACGGUGGGGGUCAUCGUCCGGCUAGAGAGGGAGACCUUCCAGAUUCUGAACAUGCACGGCAAGGUGAUGACGGUGCGCCACCAGGCGGUCAACCGGCGGAAAGACAACCGCUUCGCAGUGGCGCUGGACUCGGAGCAGAACAACAUCCACGUGAAGGACAUCGUCAAGGUGAUCGACGGGCCGCACUCGGGCCGGGAGGGAGAGAUCCGUCACCUGUUCCGAGGGUUUGCCUUCCUGCACUGCAAGAAGCUGGUGGAGAACGGAGGCAUGUUCGUCUGUAAGACACGCCACCUCGUAUUGGCUGGGGGCUCCAAGCCCAGAGAUGUGACCAAUUUCCCCGUGGGGGGAUUUGCACCUAUGAGCCCUCAUAUCAGCAGCCCCAUGCACCACGGAGGAGGGGGUCAGCAGCAGAGGGGCGGAGGGGGAGGAGGAGGAGGGGGAGGAGGAGGGGGAAUGGGGCGUGGCCGAGGCAGGAGAGACAACGACCUGAUUGGCCAGACUGUCCGUAUCUCCCAGGGACCGUACAAAGAAACCCUCCUGGUGUCUAAUAUGGAGAGUGAACGCCGGUGUGUUGGUGUCGAGGUUGGGUGUAUGGCAGUGUGUGACGGUGUCUGUGUUGACGACAGGGGAGCUAAGAGACACAGCGGGCAGACCUCCACCCACGGACGCACCCCCAUGUACGGCUCCCAGACCCCCAUGUACGGCACCGGCUCCCGUACCCCCAUGUACGGCUCCCAGACGCCGCUGCACGACGGAAACCGCACGCCUCAUUACGGCUCUCAGACCCCGCUGCAUGAUGGGAGCAGGACGCCGGGACAGAGCGGGGCGUGGGACCCCAACAACCCCAACACACCCUCCAGGGCGGAUGACGAGUACGACUUUGGUUACGAUGAUGAGCCGUCGCCGUCCCCGCAGGGCUACGGGGGCACGCCCAACCCCCAGACCCCCGGGUACCCCGAGGUCCCCUCCCCCCAGGUCAACCCCCAGUACAACCCCCAGACUCCUGGAACCCCCGCCAUGUACAACACAGAGCAGUAUUCCCCCUACGCGGCCCCUUCUCCCCAGGGCUCCUACCAGCCCAGCCCCUCCCCCCAGAGCUACCACCAGGUGGCUCCUAGUCCCCUGGGCUACCAGAACACGCACUCCCCUGCCAGCUACCACCCCACGCCCUCGCCCAUGGCCUACCAGGCGAGUCCGAGCCCCAGCCCUGUGGGCUACAGCCCCAUGACCCCGGGAGCCCCGUCCCCCGGGGGGUACAACCCCCACACCCCCGGCUCCAACAUCGACCAGGCAUCCAGCGACUGGGUCACCACCGACAUCCUGGUCCGGGUCAAGGACACCUUCAUGGACCUGCAGGUGGUCAACCAGAGCGGGGUCAUACGCAGCGUCACCGGUGGCAUGUGCUCAGUGUUUCUGCAGGACACUGAGAAGGUGGUGAGCAUCUCUAGUGAACACCUGGAGCCGGUCACGCCCACCAAGAACAACAAGGUGAAGGUGAUCCUGGGGGAGGACCGUGAGGCCACAGGGAUCCUGCUCAGUAUCGACGGAGACGACGGCAUCGUCAGGAUGGAGCUAGACGACCAGCUGAAGAUCCUCAACCUCCGCUUCCUGGGCCGCCUGGAGCCCUGAGCGCGCACACACACACACACACACACAUGGGCCUGUCGACCCUGGGCCCCCCACUGGGCUCUCCCAGUCCAAGAACAACCUUUUGGACCUUGUAUGCUGGUAGCUGUGGGAGGGCUCUCCAGCUGUAAUAACUCAGCAGGCUUGUGUAAUCUCAGGCUGGGCUGCUGUCCUGACGCCUGACAGGCUUUCGGGCAAAGUCUUCUGAAUGAGUCAUCUCUGGAUCCCCCGACCCUCGCUCUGAGGGGAUCUGAAAGGGCCUGGUUUUAUUUUAAUAUUCUCUCUGUCUCUCUAUCUCACCCUCUUUUUUCCUCAGUUAGUCUGACCUUGACUCUUAGUGAACCACAAUCUGUUUUAGCUGUUCUUAUUGGAUGAUUCUGUCAAUGCUUGAUUUUUUUUUUGUUGGGGGGGGGGUUGGAGUGGGAGUGAGUU